UAAUGUCGCUUCUUCGUCGAAAUUAUUUUCUUCUACCACUUUUCUGAUUUAUUAAUGGUUUUGGGCAAUAUCUUUUUUUUUUCUCAAUUUUGAUAUUUGAAGACAAUGUGAUACAGCUCAAUCAUGUAGAGGUUGUAAGCAAUAAAUUAAGGCAUGAGCUAUACUGGUGUUCUGUUUUAAAAAAUAAAACAUAAGGAAAAAGAAAUUUGACAUACAUAGUUUUAACUAAAUAAUUUGGUCAUCCGUAUUCAACACAUUAUCAAUCACUAAAUGAAAAGCCCACUUACAUUCUGAAUAUAAUACAGAUAUAACUAAUUGAUUCCUACGAAUCUGAAGAGAGUCACAAAAAUAGGUUUGAAUCUUGUAGAACUACUGUUAAUCACAUCAAAGGAUAAAAGAUAUACAAAUACAAAUUAAAUAUAUUUCAGUUUCUUUCAAAAGAAUAUUAGGUUAAUAAUAUAGUUAAUAUGGUAUGUGAAAAGUUUACAUAUGUCAAUAUAACUUAUCAAAUUUCAGAAACAGAAUGAAAUUAAAAACAAAAGCUGAUUCAUUCAUUCUAUGCAUGCAGAAUGUUAAAAAUUUGAGGUAGUAUACUAGUUCUUAAAAAUACAUCUUUUUUUUACCUGGUAUGAAAUAUCAUACAUAAUCAGAAGUAUAAUCAAUAUCAUAUAAUAUAUACGGUAAGUCAAGAUGCCAACUACAUUGCUAUAAUACAGACUGAAAAAUAAAUAGAAAAUAUUGAAUAAAGUCCAGAUAAUGACAAACUUCUUCAAGAAUUAAGCAAUUUUAUCUCCUAGUCAAACAAAUAUUAUGCAUUUUGUUUUGUCACAAAAAGAACAGCCUUUUAGCAAGAAAGUUUUAAAAAUUGCUUAUCUCUCCGUAUAGUGUCAGUAGUGUCAAACUGGAAUGUUGAAUUCAAGUAUUCAACUAUCAGUUCAACUAUUCAAGUGUUCAGUUAUUGAAUACUUGAAACUUGAAUACUUGAAAAUUCAAGUAUUCAAUAACUGAAUGCUUGAAUAUUUGAAUUUAAGUUUCAAGUAUUACAUAUAUGUAUAGUGUAUGAUUGAUUUUGACAAGGCUAUCGUCGGACGACGGAAAACUCAUUCUUGUUCUGACUGCCGAAAAGCGAAUCAUUUCAAGAAUUGUGGCUUUCGAAAGACAAGCUACCGAACCAAUUAAGAUCAUGUUUAUUUGUGCGUGCACAUAGAAUAUGCAAGUGUAUAUCGCUAAGUAUUCAGAAAGCAUCCUUUUCAUAAAAUAUGCACGAAGUCUUGUGUAAAAAAGAUCUUAGUUAUUAAUUUUUAGGGAAUAUUCUUAUUUUCAAAAUAUACCUAAUAAUUCAUUCGAAUCUUUAUUGCAUUCUCAAGCUAAAGGCUAAUUUCUUAUGUUUUUUCGAUGUGCCGAUUAUGACAUAACAUAUCAAUCAUAAACGAGAGUUUUUAUUUAAACUUCUAAUAAUAAAAUAUUGGAAGAUGAUUGCAUAUUGACAGAGAGAAUAAUGAAUAAUAAAGAAUAUUUAAAUAGACGUCUACUAGUGUGAUGACUUGAGUAUUAUUGGAGACAUGCUUGAAUUUUUAUAACGUAAAACAGCAUCGAAUUAAACAUAUGAUUAUAAAGAGAUCGCGAUUUUUUCUAGUAUCUACAUGCUAUCACAACAGGUAAAUUAACAUUAUUUCUAUGUAACCAAAAUCUGAGUUUUAUUUCAAAUUAUCCGCCGUAUUUCACACAAAAUGCUAUUAAAGGUUAGUUUCUCUAUCGUAUGAUAUAGAAUUAAUGAGACAUUUGCUAGACGACUCCUGUUAUACUUUUCUACCUUUUGUCGUCAAUAUAAAAUGCUAUAACUAGUAUAUUUGGGUUUUUGAAUAUCUUUAUUUAUCUUAUUAAUUAGCUUAAUUUUAAUACAAAAAAAUUUCUUCAAGAAGAUUCAAGAAUCUAAAAACAACGAUAUUGUAAAUCUAAAAUGAAUAUUUUUAAUAACUGUAUUCUUUGUUAUCUAAAUCUUCCUUAUCUCCAUCCGAAAUGAAUGACAUAACUGCUAUAUGCCGAUCUUUGUUGCUCGCAAGUCCAAGAAGUCAGUGAAUCUGAUAAAUAAACAUUAGUACUAGUGUGAAUUUGAAUAUUUAGAGCAGUUCAUCAUCUAAGACUCUAAUAAUUAGUUUUCACAGAAUGAGAAUGUUUUUUUUUCUAUUUUAAAUGUAUACAUUAAGCAAUUUUGUAUUUGUAUUUUAGUUUUCCAUUGGUUCUUGACUCUAAUUCUGAUGAAUGGGAAGAUAUUGAUGAUAUUGAUUACGGUGCAUCCGAUGUUGAUGAAAAUUUAAUUGAAGUAGCUACGGAUUUACUUAAUGAUGAAGAUAAGGAUGAUGAUGAUGAUGAUAAUAAUUCAAAUCAAGGUAAUGAUACAAGUCAUAAUGAUACCAAUGAUGAUGAAUUUGAAAGUGAUUCUGAUGAUGAUAUUAAUUUUUCAUCACUUACUAUCAGUGAUAACAAGUUAUCAUCAAUUGAUCAUUAUGAGUUGCUUUUAUAUGUAUUCAAUUUAAUGAAGAAAACAAGGGCUGGUGUGAAGUUUAUUAGAAAUCAUAAUGAUACUAAUGCAUAUGUAGUUAAAUAUGUUGAAUUAAAAAAUAAAACACAAAAAGAAAAAAUUGGUGGUCUUGUUCUUGACAUGAUUAUACGUUGGAAUAGUUCUUAUUUAUUGCUUCAUCGUUUAUUGGCACAUUCUGAUAUUGUAAAUAGUGUUUUUUCUUUUCCGAACAACUUCAAUGGCUUAACAGAUAAACAAAAGAAAAGACUCGAUGAGCUAAAACUGAAACAAAAUGAAUGGGAUUUAUUAGUUCACAUACGAGAUGUUUUGAAACCAUUUGAUGCAUCAACGAAUGCACUUUCAGGACAAUAUUAUCCAACAAUUGCUUCAUCAUAUCUUAUAUGGUGUUUUUUAUCACAUUAUCUUCAUCCAAAGUCAAAUGAUGAACCUGUAUUAUUAGCAUUAAAAGAAAGUCUUCGAUUCCGGUUUGAUAUGUAUUGUAAUAGUAAAUUACCACCAGGUCAAAUUGAAACAAUGAUGUUAAGCGAAGGUUGA